AUGGCGAGUUGUCUCCCCCCUCUUGCCGUUCUUCUGCUCAUCGCGGCGGCAUCGGGUACGGCGGCGUUCCGAAGGGGAAACACGACGGCCAUCCACAUCGGCAACACCAAGGCCUGCAUCGCCGGCUACGGGGGGCUCCAGAAUCCAGGCCACUCGUACAAGCUCUGCAUCCCCUCCUGGGUCGCCUUCACCCCCAACGCCACCCUCUUCGGCGAGGCCGCCUUGAACCACGCCGCCGUCAGCCCCGGGAUGGCCGUCUCUGGCUUCAAACGCGUCCUCGGUUCCAGGAUUUUUGAGGAUGUGGUGAAGAGAGAGAUGGAGCUAGUGCCGUACAAACUCGUUGAGACCCCGGAUGGAAGAUGCGCUAUCCAGACCCAGAGCGAGGAAGGCGGCGCCAAGGUUUUCCCCGCCGACGAAGUCGCCGGAAUUCUCAUAUCCAAGCUGAAGCGGAUGGCGGAGGCGCACCUGGGCCGCAAGAUCAGGAACGUCCUACUGACCGUCCCCUGGCACUCGAGGGACUACAAAAGGCAUCUUCUCGCAACGACCGCCCGGCUCGAGGGCGGCUUCUCCGCCGCGAGGUACGUCGACGAGCACGUCGCGGUGGCCGCGGCGCACGGCCAUCACGGGAAGGCGCGCGAAGGCAUGGUCAUCCUCGUCUUCCACAUGGGCGGCCACACGACCCACGGCGCCAUGUUCAAGUUUCGAGACGGCACGGCUCAUCUCAUUGAAGGGCGCCACGAUGUUCACCUGGGCGGCGACGACUUCACCGGCCGCCUCGUGGACCACUUCGUCCAGCUUAUCGGGGAGAAGCACCACCGGGACCUCCGCCGGGACGACGGCGCGCUUCGCGAGCUGAGGGCGGCGUGCGAGAGGGCCAAGAAGACACUGACCUACCGGGAUACCACGCUUGUGAAGGUGGAGUCGCUCUUGGACGGCGCGGAUUUCUUCCAGCCGCUCACGAGGGCCGAGUUCGAGGAGCUCAACCAUGAUCUGUUGGCGAGAGCCAUGAGCAUGGUGGACCUGCUGGUGACGUGGCGGUGGUGGCACCCUCCCGGCCGGUGGGAUAGCGUUGACGAGAUCAUCCUCGUCGGCGGUAGCGUGAGGAUCCCCAAGAUUCUUGCGUUUUUCAGGGACUACUUCCAUGGCCGAGAGCCAAUUGUGGAGGAGGAAGCGGCGAUUCGCGGCGCUGCUCUGCUCUCCCGUCCCGAGUAUGCAAUGUUCACAUAUGACAACUGUGAUAGUUACUACUGCCGUGGAAGUCCUUUGCAGGCGUCUGAAAAUAAAAUUGAAUAG